AUGAGCGAAUCGAGUUAUCUUCCCAACCACAAACCAACGCCUGCUUAUGCAGCUCUCUCUUAUCUCGGUCUCCAUGCCCAUGAAAAAGAAUGGCAACACUCCAUAAUGUCACACUGCUUCAAUCACAAAUUGGCUGUUUUCCUACCGUUUUACACACUUGAACAAGCGCGUGAGCACUUUAAGAGUACAGCUGGGACGUAUUAUCACAUUGAGCUUUCUCUGGCAUCCUUGCUCGAAGACGACUUUUUCACGCGUUAUAUCCAAUCUCAGACACAUGAUCUCAUUCUACAUAGCCUUGGGACUAAUUUGGAUACGGACAAUGUCAUUGUAUUGGAUCAUCAAGGCAACCUUAUUCUCAGCUUGUUGAAGCCAACCUAUCAAUCUUUUGGAAUCACUACACAUCAACAUCGACAAGAUAAGCUGAGGGAUAAAUAUGCUGUCAAAGUCGAUCUUCGAAAAUUAAAGACGGAUGGCAAGGCGUUCCAGCAAUUGCUACGAGGAUUGAAAAACACUUUUCCGGAUAAAAUGAAAAUGGCUGCUGCGUAUAUUGAUAAAGAAACGGGCGAGACAUGCAAUGUCACCUGGCCAAAGGAUGUAGCAGCAACCGAGCAUCCAAUGCAGUUGACUUUUGAACAAUGGGACAACAUCAACAUACCCUCCUUUGAAAACUUGCCUAUCAAGCUCUCAGAGAAGCCGGAUCAAAAAUGGCAGCAGGAUGUACAAGAUGCAUUGGAGUGGAUUGGACUUGCCUACAUCAAAGCAAAUAGGAUCCGAGUAGGAAAGGAACACCCCGACCCGUUUGUCAGCAUUUAUCGAGCACCAGAACCAAGUUUACGAUCAGCAAAAGGUGUAUUGGUGCAAUGUACAGGUCUUGUGCCAACGCAAUUUAUACGACAUGUCAUGGUGACCGUUGGGAAAAUGAUGGAGAACAAGACGAUCGAACGAUGGGCAGCAGUGAGCGUAUGGGGUUAUCGGGAUUCACCUUACACAUGGGACAACCUACAGCAUUACUAUCAUGUCAAUGGCGAGAAUGAUACCACGUUUUUGAUGCUCCCUCCAGCAAUAGAAAAUGAGAUUACCAUGGUUAGCUUUCAAAUGUACGGCACCGAUCACAUUCCACAAUAG